AUGUUCGAGGACUUCGUGGCGCCGAACCACCACCAGGUGAUGAUGGCGUGGGGCAAGACUGCUAAACAACUUAGGUUGAAACCAUUGACGUGGAAGUCGAAGGCAGGCUCCAUCACGGUCUACCCCAUGAAGAAGAAUGAUGACACAAGCUGGAUGAGGCUCAGGAUGUUCUCAGAGAUGACGAACUGCGCUUCGACCAAUCGCCUUUCCGAGACCGACGGCGUCAUGAAGGACCAGCACACGCGCGUCUUGGACGGCCUUUUGAAAGAUGAUGGGAAUGAGAAGGCGCAGUAUUCUACGUUUCGGCUCCCGUCCCUCGCGUGCAUCAACGAGAGGUCUGCGCAGCUGGGGGGCAAAGUCUUGGCUUUGCAGCCAGACGGAAGUGGCAGCGGUAGGUUCUCGACGACCAAGCCCGCGGCUCCGAUGAAGAAGACGCCAUCCGACCCGAACUUGCAGAAGGGUACUCCCGAGUAUUGGUUCGCACAGAUCAGUCUCUCAGACUUGAUGUGCGGCGGGAAGCCUGGGCAGGGGCCGUACCAGCUCGAGAUGCUGCUCACCAAGGUCGCCGAGGGCAAGCGCCCGCAGAUCAGGAAGUACAUGGACCUCAUCCAGAGGGCAAAGGACAUCGCGAAGAUAGAAGCGCUUGACAUCGAGACGCUCGACGAGCACAUGGAGAAACUGAUUGCAGCGAAUACCGAGGUGCCCGUCUCAGUGCAGUUCAACAUCUUGAAGAAGAAGGCCGACGUAUUGUGGAACAAGUGGGUUGUCGACAUCAGCAAUGAGGAGCCGCUCAUCAGCUACCUUCAGAUGUUCCGCCCGUGGGACCAGCAG